AACAUUUUUACAAUCACAGUUAGGCUUUAAAAGUUGCACUGUGGUUAUAACACAAAACUUUUUAUUUUAUUAGGUCUUACGUCAGUAGAUGUGUUCAUAAAGUAAAACCUCACAUUUUCUCAUAACCGUUUCUGUUUAGAACACCAAUCAGUGAAACUUUAUUGUCCAUAGUUUAGAUGACAGUUUUGUAACUUUACAUCUCUAACAUGAACACAUGCACUACUGCUUUAUCUUAGUUUAGCUUUAUUUCUCUUUUUUAGUUUCUUAAUAUCAUUUAUGAAUUCAUGAUCUGCAUAUGUAACUUUCAUUUUAGCUUCAUACCAAGUCCUUUGUUACAGUCUAUGAUAAUUUACAUGCAGUGAUGCGAAUAGAUAUACAACCUCUUCUAGAUCUAAUGUUUAACAUAUCAGGAUAUGGCAAAACAAAAAGGAAUCUCAGAUUAAAAAAGAAAAGAAAAACCCAAUAAACCAUUUUAGCAUAAAGUAACCCAAAAGGAUAAUGAAGGUGAGCCAGAUGAGGACAUAUGAACAUGUUUUUUUAAGUUAAACUUUAGUAUUUUACUGGUCUGAGGUAUUAUAAAGUAUUUGUAAAGAUCAAUAUAGUUAUAUUUGUUGAUUUUUUAAACAAACUUGACAGUUUAGCAGUUUUUUUGAUUACGUUUUAAAUGGUAAGCAACAAAUAGUUCCUUCAAAAAAGAUGGAACAACUUGGGUCUCACUCAUUAAUCAGUGAAGAGUUUAUAACAGUAUCAAUUUUAACACUAACUCAUUUUUUAAUGAAAGAAAAGGUCAUUCACAACUUUAAAAUAUCCAAAUAUACAGAUUUUUACAGACGUGGAGGUCCAAAGAAAUUGAUCAUUGAAUGAUCAGAGAAAGAAGAAAGACAAAUGAAGUGCAUUGACACUGUAAUAAUUUGUAGAUCCCAUUUAUACGUCUAUAAAAUCUUAAGAAAACGGAACUCCUUGUGUAUAAUGGGAUUUCAAUUAGAUACUCAUUAAAAAUGACUAAAGGCUGCAAGCUAAACCUUUCGUAAGAACCUGAUAGCAUCAGUCAGAUAAGUAGUUUCUAUUAUUGCCUCCCUAAGCUGGUCUACCAGCCGCACUUUGGUUCUCAUCUUACUUUUGAGUUUAUUUUUUAAACUUGGAAGCUCAAAAAGAGUGUGCUUUAUUUCCCCAGGAUUUUAAACUCCAAAAUAUGUCGGUGAACUGUACUGGAGACAUGUGCUGUGGUGGCAAGUUUCCAUCUGUUUGCAGCGUUGAUAUAACACAUUAGGAAAGGAAACUAUCACAGUUUUGAGUGGGCGUGCUGUUGAAGGUUGGGUUUACAAAAGUGCAUGUAAUUUUGAAACCAAGUUUUAUUUCCAACCCAGUCCUUCUGCAUUGGUUGCACUGACUACAUAUCGCCCUCAAGUCAUGGAAAGAGCGUCCAUCAAAGAUAGGCGGAGAGCUUGGAUCAACAGCCGACAGUGCACCACUUUGGAGGAACCUCAAGGGUUGUUAUCCACCUCGAUGAUUGACGACAAUGUCUUCCCAGAUGAAAAGAUUGAGAGCUGGCUUCGUGGCUGUAGGUCAGAGGCCGGGUCGGAGAACAAUGCUAGAUUCAGUUUUGAUGCUGAACUAGCUUUUAAUUUGGCCGAUGACCUGAGCCUUGGAGCUGAUGCUUCAGUCUUAGGUGGCGCUUCAGUUAAACACAGAGCUGGAACAAGCCGUCAUAGACUUAGAUUGCUGCAACUGAAGCAUGGGCUCAGCAUGGCCUCCAGCUGCUACUCCUCAUCCACCUGCAAAACUCUUUCAAGUGUGUCAGAGAUCCUGCAGCUGUAUGAAGAGGAUGCAGAGGAGGUUCUAUGUGCGCUGGGUUUCGGUAGCGCGGAGGAGCAGAUCACCGCACGUGUCCCGUCGCGAUUUUUAAACUCUCCCUCCAACGCCAACGGCAUUAACUUGCGUCUGUUCCUGGACUCUCAAAUUCAGCGCAUACGAGAAGAGGACCACAGACUUUGUCUCGCCAGUCGUUUUAGACAGGUUGAAGUGCUCACGGCUACGGCCAAUGCUUUCUAUUCGCUCUACUCCCAUGUGUCCCGCACUCCUCUACAAAAACUGGACACGCCGGUGUUUACCUUUCCUUCUCCUGUGAACAAGAUGAAGCGGUUUCAGCCCAGCACUUGCAGCGAACCGCGGUCUCCUGUGGAGCGGCUUAAGGACACCGUUCACAGAAUGUGUCUGUACACAGGCUCCCCUCGUGGGUCUGAGUCCACCUCUCCGCAGCCAUUACACAGGAAGAGAAGCAGCGUCCCUGACAUCGUGGAAAUGAUCAUGAGAGGUAAAACGGGGACUGCCAAGAGGCUGGAUUUGGAGGAACAUCAUGGAGACAAUCAGACUGUGGAGGACGGGCUGACAACUGGAAACGGGGAAAAGAGACCCAUGCAGAAAGUCGUGGUGGAUGCAAAUAUACCUCAACAUGACACUAAAAUCUGCUGUGAAGAAAUGCAAGACAACAGACAAAAAGAAUAUGUUGAUGGUGAUCAAGAGAGGCCCAGAGAAAAAGAACUUGACAGCACAAAUAGUGGUCCAACAUUUUUCACAACACUGUCCUCAUCACAAGAAACUUUAACAGACUCUGAACAACUGAUGCCUUUACGUCGGUCGGAGCUGGACUCUUGUCCCACCCAAAGAGAUGCAGGGACAGCUGAGCUGCACCCUGCCGCUAAGGUCACGUGUGAUUUUUGUGAUCAGAGCACACACAGUACAAACUGUCUAUUUCCUGCUUCUUCUGUGGCAGAAAACACAGACGUGCCAUUCCCUGCAUCCCAUGAAUCCUGUGCUCUCACACAAGACUGCCACCCACACAUGACUAAGGUUGCUGGUUUAGAACCCAGCAGCAGCUGCAAUUGUUGCUGCAUUACAGUGACCGGCUGGGAUGGAGAGAUGGAAUCUCCACGUUCCACAAAAACGCCACAUUUUCAUUACGCUUCACCCGUGGCGUCCAUGUUGACCAGCGAUGAACUGUUAAGUCAAGGAGACACAAAGUACCUGAAUCCGAUGUCACAUCCCAGCAUGGGCGCCUUCUCCAAAGCCCGCCAGCAGGUCAACUCCUUUGAGUUGGAGGAGGUGCACAGCGCUGGAGAAGAGGAUUUUGGACAAUCAGAACUUUCAAGGACACCAACUUUGCAGCUUUCCAGAUGUCCAAAUAAAGGGGAGGUGGUUCGGGGUGACAGUGUGCAGUCGGACAGCAGCGGAUUUGCAGAUGAAGACCUCAGCCCCUCAGCAGAGAAACUCAGCAGCUGACAGACAACCUUACCUCUGCUUUUCUUUUACUCUGAAGAGUCCAUUUAAAAAUGUAACAGCUAAGAAAAUGACUCCAAACUUUGGAUUUACCUUGAUCUUCAGGUUACUGAAUAUAUUAUAUCCAGAUGUGAAGUUUUUGUAUGCUUUCAUAGUUCUUGAACGUUUGGGUGAAUACAUAUAGUUGUGUAGUGCACAAUGUGGACUACAUAAUAGAAAAACUUUUAAAAAGUUGAAACAUAAUAAUGCCUAGGAAAUAUUUCAUUAAAAAACAGCCACAGAUGCACUUUGAAAAUAAAAUUUCAUGUUUUUUCCUUCUAAGUUUUUGUAACUAUAUUAGGAUUUCUCAAAUGUGUCAGUUGUCACUUUUGUGUUGAAGUAAAACAGCUGUGACUUUGCUGGUAUAACCGCAUAAUAUAAACCUUAUAAGCUGCAUUAAAUAAUAAAUCCCA